AUGCUGCCCCCUUCUUCCGCCUCGGCGUCUCUACCGCCCCACCGAGACCCGUUCCCUGUCACCUUCCUCAAGCACCAGUUUCGACCCCAUAACCAACCAUCGUUGGCCAAACUCUUCCUUCAUCACCGCGUGGCGGUUGUUACUGGAGCCAACUCAGGGAUCGGCCUGGAAUGUGCGCGUCUACUGCUCUCCCUCGGCCUAUCCCGGUUGAUAUUGGCAGUUCGGUCCCGAGAGGCAGGCGAGUCGGAGGCAGCUCCGCUUCGGCAAACAUGCCCGAACAUCGAAAUCAACGUAUGGCAUCUUGACCUGAACUUGUACGGCUCGGUAUGGGUCUUUGCCCCGCGGUGCGAGGCGCUGCCUCGUCUCGACAUCGCCAUCCCCAACGCCAGUAUCAUGAACAGUGAAUUCCGCGUCAGCCCCACGACGGGCCACGAGGAGACCCUGCAGGUCAACUACCUGUCCACGGCGCUACUAGCCCUGCUGCUCCUCCCCACGCUAGAGCCUAAGCACCCCGGCGGCGGACCUGGCCGACUGACGCUGGUGUGCUCAGGCGCCUCGGUGACCAUGAAUUUCCCCGAGAAGGAUGCCGCGCCGUUGAUCACCGCCCUCGACGACUCGACAGGGUGGGACUCUGCCGUGGCAAAGGAGCGCUGCGACGUCACUAAACUGCUGCUCCUGAUGUUCAUGCAGAAGCCCUGCGACAUAAUAGUGGGACCGGACGCCGUGAUCAUCAAUGCGGUCGAUCCUGGCUUCACGCAGAGGACGGGCCUGUUCCGCUCGCUGUCCCUGCCGGUCAAGGUCGCUUGCUGGCUACCCUACAAGCUGUUCGCGGCGUCUCCGGAAAGGGGGGGGCAUGGGCCUACAUUGACGCCGCUGUCGUCAGAGGCGAGGAGACCCACGGCAGCUUCCUCAGGGACUGGCAGAUCAGCUCGUGAGUUUUGCAUUUAG